AUGUACUAUAAUCAAUCUAAUCCAGUUUACGUCUUUGUUCCUUGCUAUAUUCCUUAUUAAAUCCCUCCUGUUCCUAAAUUUGAUAUAACAAAAGAAGAAUAGCAUUCAGAUAGUGAAAAAGAACAAACUAAAACUAUUUAAGAAGAAGUUCAAACUAAUGCUAGUGGUAUUGUUAGAGGUAAAGGUUAAUUGUGGACAGAAGAAGAAAUUAAUAAUUUAGUUUCAUAUUAUAAGAAAUAUAAUGGAAAUUGGAAAUUCGUAAUCAAACAUCUUAAAGGGAGAAAUAUUUCUUAAUGUUCUUAAAAAUAUAGAAAACUUAUUGAUUAAGAAAAGAGAACUAAAAAGAAAUGGACUAUUGAGGAGGAUAAAAUACUUUUAGAAUCCUUUGCUGAAUUUGGAAAACAAUGGAUUAAGAUUAGUUAAAGUAUUAUCUCAUAUUUAAAUUCUUAGAAUUGCCAGGUCGUACUUCUAAACAAGUCAGAGACAGAUAUGUUAAUUAAAUAGAUCCAGCCAUAAAUCGAGAUCAUUGGACUGAUGAAGAAGAUGAGAAAAUCCUUUAGGAAUUCAAAAAAGGUGGAGCUAGAUGGGCAAUCAUCUCUAAAAUGCUCAAUAAUAGAUCAGUAUAAUAUAAUUUUUAUUUUAGGAAAAUCAAGUGAAAAAUCGUUUUUAUUACACUAUCUUGAAAAAGUAUCAAGGAGAGCAACAUCCAUAUCUAAAAGUUCAAGAAUGA